AUGGCUGAACCCUCCGCAACACAGCCCAAGGGCGACGACAAGAAGCGAAAAUCAUCAACGGCAGCAGCCGGCUCGUCCGCCGCAGUCGUCUCAAAGAAGAGCAAAGCAACGGAGACAACGACGAAGACAACGACGACAAACACAAGCGCAAGCGCGAGCUCGAGCGCAAACGUCAAUGGCCCGACGACCCCUCUAUCCCCCUCGCACGAAGCCCUCCUCGCGGACCUCAGAUCCAAAUACGACGUCCUCCCCGCCUUCACCAUCUCCUCCACCAAGAUCCAGAAGCGAGUGACCUGGCUGCUGCAGCACCUGCGCAAAGACGACGGCGAUCCGAGGAGGCGCGUCGUGCUCGUCUACGCGCGGCCGGGCGAGGUCGCCAAGAUGAUUUCGAUUGUGGAGACUGUGAAGCGCAUCGUUGCGGCGGAGAAGAAGAGCGUGGACGGAAAGGAGGGGGAAGAGAGCGGCGGCAAGUGGUAUCAGUACAACCUCAUGUACGAGCUGCCGCCGAAACCUGAUGUCGUGGAAGAUACGGUGCUAGGCGGCGGCGGCGGAACGCAGGAUGGCUCGGAUGAUGAAGACAGAGACGAAGACGAUUUCGAGGUUAUGAAGACCCGGUUCGAGAGAGCUGUGUUGCCGCAGCCGGUGAAGCGUGCGGCCAAGUCGCUGAGCAUAUUCCUUUCGUUGGCGCCCGUGCCGGAACUCAAGGCCCGAGGGGAUGUUACGACGCAGACGAACACGGCGCAGUGA